AUGAGCUCAAUAAAUAAUCGGGAAGACAAUCUUGAAUGUCAACAGCAUGUUCUCGAGUACGUUCGGAAAUUUGGAUAUGUCUAUUUUGGCUUCCUCAUAAUUUUCGGUACAAUUGGAAAUAUUAUCAGUUUACUUGUUAUCCGAGGUGUGGGUGCGAAUUGCAAUCAAAGACCUUAUUCAUUUCCCAGAGAACCUUCAGAGGCUGGAUCUAGCCGAAACUCUCCAGAUCGCAUCAUUGUAGAUAAUACGAGGCCACCACUAAGUGUUCCCAGUCGUGUAUCAAUUGUCAGCCCACAUUCAGUCCACAAUAGGAGGCCUAUUCGAAAACACCCUUCAAAGUCCAUUUUCACAGCUCUAGCUAUUGCUGAUACGAUUGCUUUAUGGGUCAACCCCUUUCGCUAUUGGAUCCUUUUUGUUUUCGGUUUCGAUAUACGUCAGAACAAUAGUGCAACACUCUGUCGUCUUCAAACAUUCCUUACUUAUGCCACUCGGGAUGUUGCAAUUUGGGUAUUGUGUCUUCUUACCAUCGAGCGAUAUCUAAUUGGCUGUUAUCCCUACAAGGCAAAGAUUAUCUGGCGUGGAAAGCGAAAAAUAUGCACCUGGGUGAUCAUUUUCGCUGUCAUUUUCGUAAAAAAUUCCAUGCUCCUCUUUAUCAUGCAACUCAUUUACGAUCAUGACAAUGGCAAAUAUGAAAUCAUGGGUCCGAAUUAUAAGAAGACGAAUGUCUCAAAACCACUCCUAUGUGACACUCUCUCUUUGACUGCCAGGAAGGUGUUCUUUUUUGUGGAUAUCGUGAUUUAUUCUCUUGUUCCAACUAUUCUACUUCUGGUCUUAAAUGUUGCCCUCUAUCGAGUAAUUCAACAGAGAACUACAUUCACUGGCCGAUAUCUCUUCUCUUCAAGAAGGAAAAAAGCUGCUCGAAUUACUAAAAUUGAAGAAGGUUUGCAUUCACGAGUGGUUGUACAGAACAGGGCUUCAAUGAAAGUGAAGCGAUCAGUGAUUCAAGCUAACCGCCUAUUGAUUCCUGUAGGAGUAUUUCAUUUAAUCACAUCAGUGCCCAUUUGCAUUUUUUCUAUUAUUGAGGAUGCUAUGCAACUAAAACGAAGCCCGUCUAGUUACGUUCGAUGUAUUCUCGAUGCAUGUGGUUACCUCUUCGUGAUGCUUGGAACAGCUUCUUAUGGAGUCAACUGUCUCAUAUACUUCCUGAGUUCAAGGAACUUUCGAGAGCGAUUAUACGCUCUUACCAAAACUAUCCACCUCUGCAAGUCCAAGAGCCCUGAUUUAUACUAUCACGACAAUGCGGAUCGUUCAAUCAAUUAUAACGCUUCCUCUGCUACUAUCAUCAAGGAUGCUAACUGCGAGAAUUAG